CCAUGCCUCUGCUGCAGGUGUUCUGCAGCCUGAUUGGCUGGCUGGGCCUCUACUGGCUGUUCUGCUGCGCCUUCGCCCGGCGGGGGCCCGAGUGGAGCUGCCGCCUGGUCACGCUGUCCCACGGCGUGCUCAUCGUGCUGCUCACGGCGUACGUCGUCUUCGUGGACGGGCCCUGGCCGCUCACGCACGCAGGCACAGAGAACACGGAGCUCCAGACCUCGGCGCUGUGCGUCUGCCUGGGCUACUUCCUGUUCGACAUGGCGUGGUGCGUGCGCCACCGCACCGAGGGCCCCGUCAUGCUGGCCCACCACGCCGCCAGCAUCGCCGGCAUCCUGCUGGCCCUCGCCAUGGGGGUGUCGGCCUGCGAGACCUGCGCCGUCAUCUUCGGCAGCGAGCUGACCAACCCCCUGCUGCAGGCCCGCUGGUUCCUCCGCCAGCUGCAGCUCUACGACGGCCCGCUGGGCGACGCCGUGGACCUGCUCUUCAUCCUGCUCUUCGCCGGCGUGCGCGUGGGCGUGGGCACGGCCAUGUUCUACUGCGAGCUCACCUCCCCCAGGACCACCGCCGUCAUGAAGCUGGGCGGCGUGGUCAUGUACGGCCUGGCCUGGGUCUUCAUGGUGGACAUCGCCAGGUUUGGCUACAAGAAAAGCAGAGCCAAGUACAGGAAGUGGACGGAGAAGCACGAGCUGAAAUAA